ACUAAAAACUAAAAAAAAUCACUACAGGACAGACAGCGCAUUUCGAAGAGCACGAUGUGAAACUUAAAAUUGAAAUACAAUACAACGCAUGGCCCUUCUUUAGCAUCGCAAUUAUACGGGCAUGCCAAGCAAGCAGGAGGAGAGCAAGCUUGUACCGCCACAAAAACGCUUACGGUCUCGUGAACCCGAUCUCUGUUCCCCGCCUGCACAUGAAUUUUUUUCGAGUUAUUGAUUUCAAUUUUGCUUUGAUCUGGCUGAGAUUAAGCGCCUGAGCAACAAUCCAUAUGAUCCUGCAUAUCCCUCGGCUGCCCUCGAAACCUCGUUGGACGGCGCGGUUGUCUGAGGGUUUUGCACGGAGAAGGCUUAAUGAUUAUUACUUAUUUAAUCUUCGGCUGUGCUUGGCAAAUUUUGCGAUUUUGAGGAAUCAUGUGGUCUUCCUUGUGGCGAUCCAGACCCCGCUUCUCCGUAGAUGAGCUCAGACACCUAAAUGACCAGCUACAAAAAAUCCAUAUUGUGAAUAAUACAAACAAGUGCUUGGUCAUUUCUAAACUAACCACUGGUUUUAAUUUACUUCUACUAAAGGAUUUUGUCAUUGAGACACUAAGGUCAAUAGCAGAGUUAGUAACUUAUGGUGACCAACACGAUCCAUCAUUUUUUGAGUUUUUUAUGGAGAAGCAGGUAAUGUCACAGUUCCUUCGUGUUCUAAAGAUCAGUAAAACAGAGAGCAUAGCUAUACAGUUACUACAGACAUUGAGCAUUAUGAUUCAGAAUUUGCAGAGCGAGCAGGCAAUUUAUUAUUUAUUCAGUAAUGGGCAUGUUAACAAUCUCAUCCUAUAUCCUUUUGACUUCAACAGUGAGGAACUACUUAAUUACUAUAUAUACUUUUUGAGGACAGUGAGUGGAAAGCUGGAUAAGAAUACAAUUUCUCUUCUUGUAAAGACUCAAAAUGAUGAAGUCAUUUCCUUUCCAUUGUACAGUGAAGCAAUCAAAUUUGUUCAUCAUGAAGAAAACAUGGUCCGAAUAGCUGUGCGUGCUCUGACACUUAACAUUUACCAUGUUAGUGAUGAAUUUGUUCAUAAAUUCAUCACCAGUUCUGAAUUGGCGGGGUACUUUUUGGACUUAGUGAAGAUUCUGAGGCAGCAAUGCUUUAAGUUGGAUGCGAUAGUUGUUAAUGACUCAAAGACUUCUGAUUCUUCCAAGAUUGUUGGGAAGUUACAUGCCAAACUAGCAGAGAUCGGAGAAAACCUCUGCUAUUCCAAUGACAUCAUUUGUGCUGGUGUUCCAUGUUUGAGUAAACUAAUGACGCAUCAUUUGCUGCACUCAUUGUUUUUGACAAUUUUGUUGCCUUCUCUUCACUCGUCUUCUGUUACUGGUACUAGUUUGUGUGCUCGCACAUCUUUAUACUUGCUUUCUUUCAUUUUACGAGAAGUCCAGUUCAAAGACUUGGUAAAUAGUAUUGGAGCUGCUCUUCUAUGCCCACACAUGAUGUUAAGUUUACGUUUGGAUAGUGAGUGUAAUGGCCAUGAAUCUACUGAAGGGUUGUCAUGUGGGACUAGAAAGUUGGACCAAGAAACUACGUUUGAUGCUGAAACUGCUAUGGAUUUAAACAUGCAGAAGCAGGACAAACAGCUUAAUACCCUUGAUUCAUCAGCGACUUACUCCCCAAAUUGUACUCUAGAAGAAACUGGAAUGGAUGAGAAACUCAGUUUGAGGGAGGUGUUACUAUUGUAUAUAAGUUCUGAAAAUGAAAAACUCAUUUCUGGAUCCUUGAGCACGCUGAUUUGCCUUUUUCAAAAUAAAGAGCUGGAUGAGUCCAUAUUAGAUGCAUUAGGAAUUCUUCCUGAAAGGAAACAGCAUAAGAAGCUUUUGCUGCAAGCAUUGAUGGGCAGCAAAUCUGAUGAAGAGCAAUUGUUUUCACCAACUUCUACAGAGUCUAAAGAUGACACGUCUAGUGAUCUUGGUCUCUACAUUCAAAGCCUUAAGGACCAGUAUGACCUUCCUAUUUCUAAUACCGUACAAGGAAUGAACCAAUUGAUGCACAGAUACCAGGUUUUGGAUGCAUUGAUAAGACUUCUUUGUCGCAGGCCCCCUCCUGCUGCAGAUGUAUUAUGGCUUGCAGGUUGCCUUCUACGACAACUUCAUCCAUAUCAAAAACAGAAUUUCAGCGCCCAUCAUCUUAACUUGCUUGAUCAGGAUGCUUACAAAGAGGCUAGCACUGACCUUCUGAAAGAAACCAAGGAUUGCUGGUGUGAUCUUAUCUCAGCAGUUAUUUUGGACGAAUGGAAAAACUGCAAGACAGCCAUUGAGAGACCAGACCUUGAGAAAGCUUCUAUAUUUGUUCUUCUUCCAGAGUUGCAGUCUGUCGUUGUGGAUGGUGAUCGCUCUUCUUCCUUUGUUGGUCAAAGAAUGCGGAAUACAGUUAAGGUUUUUGUACUGCAUCAUUAUCUCAGAAGUUCUCUCAUCGGAGGCAGUGAACACAAUAUUCCUGAGUUUGGUGUUCCGAGUGAUGCAAAUGAGAAUUCCAGGGUGAGGAGGGCAGGCAUAGAUAUCCUGGUUCCCAAGAUUGGCACUGAAGUGAAUUUGGAUGAUGCACUUCCUUGCAGGAUAGCAUUUGAGAGAGGGAAAGAGCGUCCCUUUUACUUCUUAGCAGUGGCAAAGGGGAAAUCUGGGUGUUUACUGCUUGCUGAAGAAGUUCCUCUAAAACAACAUCGAGGGAUUGUUCGUGUUGCAGCUCCUUUAGCUGGCUCAAUUCCUAGAGUAGAUGAAAAACAUCCAAGGUGGUUACAUCUGCGGGUACGGCCAGUUAAUUUGUCAGAUUCUACAAAAAAUGGCACAAGUUCUGGAAGAUCUAGGUCUAAGGGAUUAGUUGAUGGGAGAUGGACACUUGCAUUCCCAGAUGAACAAGUCUGUAAAGCUGCCUGCUCUAUUGUCCUUGAGGAGAUGGCAAUACAGAGUUUUGCUGUUCAAGAAGAACUGAAACCUUUGCUGAGUUAUGGUUCGCCACUAAUAGCCAAGGAAGAUAUCCUUAAGGUCUGAAGGUUGUGCAAGAUGAUUUGCGUUUUAAAUAUAUCUGGAUUCUUCUUCGCCUCUUUUUUGAUUUGGCAGGAGAGAAUAAAUAUUUUACUGUUGCAUACACAUUUCGCCCUCAAUUGUCUGUACCAGGUAGCUUCCAAUAUGCUCGGGAGCUUUUUACCGUAGAAUCAGAGGUUUCUCCCAGAAUUCCUGGGCUUGCCAGUCUACAAGUCUUCAAUUCAUUGUAGUUUGUACAUUAGUUAAAUGUGAUAUUUUCAAUGGUAUAGAAAAGUUCUUUGGAAGCCUCUAAUGAGGCUGUGUAGGAUAAAGAUGUCUUUGUAUCAAAAAUGUUUUUGUCAGUGAAUUCAUUAGUCCAAGUUCUACUCUUGGAUAUUUAGAUUCAAAUGGUAUUUACCACAAUAAUGCAUGUUUAGUGCAGUUCUGUUUGUCAAUUGGACCAGCAAUGGUUCUACAUAUUUGCUCAAAAGGAAUAUCACCAGAGGUGAUUAUUAACAAAGUUGUAGUGCACAGAGACUUAAUUAUAGAGAUGCCCUCAAGUGAAGUUUUUUUUUA